AUGGCACAAACGAUAUUUAAUCAUCUGAAUAAUAAUCAAAAAACAUUAGUAAAAAAAAUAUAUUUUGAGCAAAACACUAAUCAACCUUCCCUUUCGGGGGAUACAUUCAAUAUUCCUGACUAUCCUAAUAAUGUACAGCUGAAAGGCCAAUUAGAUUU